AUGUACGUGUUAGUUGUGUUAGCCGUGGUAAUUCACCACGUUGCAGCGAAGUUUAGCGUAGCUGAUUUGUCCAGCUAUGGAACGGCGCUCUACCGGAGGAUUGAUCCGGGUGUUGAUAAACUUAUAAGGAAUUUGGAUCCAUCAUCGGGAAUUCAGCCAUGGCAGCUCGGAAACCUGGUUGGAGGCGAUAUGGCACUUCCCCUGCCGAAGCUUCACAACGCACUGGUUGGAAACUCAAGUUCAUACUUCCGUUGGCCGAAUGCUACCGUAAUCUACGACAUUGAGGGAACUUUUAAUAGCACCGAGCUGCUUAUGAUCUACGGAGCGAUGCGCGAGUUUCAAAAGUACACCUGCGUUCGGUUCAAGCAACGGACUACGGAGGAAGCGUACGUGGCGAUCGACAACAGAAAGUACGGUUGUUGGGCUGACGUUGGUCGGGGACGUGGCAAAACCCGGGUUCAUUUGCAACCGGGCUGUGCAAACGCCUUGACUACCCCGAUUCAUGAGCUGAUGCACGCACUUGGGUUUCACCACGAACACAACCGACUGGACCGCGAUGACUACAUCGAUGUCAUCUACGAUCACAUGAUCCCAACUCCGGCGGUGUACUUCAACUUUCAGUUAGUCGAAGAAAGUGAAACGACUAACUUUAGCGUGCCUUACGAUAUUGGGAGCAUCAUGCACUACUUGAACACUUCGUUUUCCGUCAAACCGGAUAAGCUGAGGACAAUGGAACCGUUGAUUCCGUGGAACGGUACCUUCGGUCAGGGUCCAACGUUAACAAAGUACGACGCGCUGUUGAUCAACAUCAUGUACUGUGGAAUACCGGAGCCAACGGAGCGACUACCUGUACCGGAUCGCUGGAUGCCGGCUGAUCCAAUUAAGGUAGCCGUAACCCCUGCACCGAUAGUCACGGCAACUCCGAUGAAGAUUGCUAGUGGGACUACAUGA